CGGAACGGGAGCUUAAUCUGUCCAGGAUCCAGCUUGAGCACCUCAACCACAUCUCGUACCUACCACACGCAUCUUGGCCCACGGCACCAGCACUUUUUACAACACCACACUCCCGACGUGCCAGGACCCCUUCCCAUUGCCCGAGAUGUCGCACUCACAAGCAUUGUCUGACGACCAGGUGGGUCAAGAGCUGAGGAAGAUGACCGCUUUCAUCAAGCAAGAAGCCGACGAGAAGGCCCACGAGAUCGAGAUGAAAGCGGACCAGGAGUUCGCCAUGGAGAAAGCCAAGCUCGUCCGCGAGGAGCAGAGCGCAAUCGACACGCAGUACGAGAAGAAGUCCAAAGCGGCCGCGAUGUCGCAGCAGAUCACCGCAUCGACGGUAUCCAACAAGACGCGGCUGCGCGUGCUGAGCGCGCGCCAGGAGCUGCUCGAUGGGAUCUUUGAGGCGGCGGCGAAGAAGCUGCCCGAGGUGACUAAGGAUAAGGCUCGCUAUGAGACGAUUCUUAAGAACCUGGUGCUGGAGGGCUUGUAUGCGUUGAAUGAGAGUAAGGUGCAGGUGCGGACGAGGAAGGCGGAUAUGGCGGUUGCGAAGAAGGCGGUGGAGGCGGCUAGUAAGGAGUAUACGAAGAAUACGAACAAGGAGAUCUCGGCGACCGUGGAUGAGGAUAACUUGCUCGAGGACGAUUUGGCGGGCGGUGUCUCGAUUGUGGGAAGUGGUGGUAAGAUCGAUAUCAACAAUACCCUGGAUGAGCGCCUGCGGCUGCUCCAAGAUAACGCCUUACCCGCCAUCCGAACAACGCUGUUCGGGGCAAACGAGAACCGGAAGUUCUACGACUAAGCGGUCUUGUGAUUUCGACGGCUACUGCUUGCCGAGGGUGAUGUAGGGGUCUUAUAGAUGGACAGUGUGUGUGUGGGAUGUGGAUGCUGCUUUUUGGAGGGAGCAUGACGUAGAUUGGAGAGCCUGGAAUUGUAUGAUAUAUUUACACUGCAGAGCGACCAUGGAGCGUGUUGAAGCCGAGAGAAAUUUUGAGC